GAAAUGUAGUUCGACGGUGGCCGAGCCAUUUAAAGCCAGCGGCCCUCUCCAAGAUGGGUGAAAUUGCAGCGCUUGAGAUUUAGCUCCUCUAACAGUCCACCCAGAAGCGAAAACUGCCUAGGCAAGGCUCUGAAAGACGCUCCUGGGUUAGGGCUGUUCUGCAAAGGUGCCUCACCUUACUGACCUCGCUAGCUUUUACCAACUUCCCAAUUAAAGGGUGACAUUCCUGCAUGAGCCCAUCCUGUUAAACAUGUCCUUGCCACUUACAGAGGAGCAGAGGAAAAAGAUUGAGGAGAACCGGCAGAAGGCUUUGGCCCGUCGAGCUGAGAAGCUGUCGGCAGAACAGCCACAGAGCACAGCUUCGGGCUCCUCGGCUGCUGGCCCUUCCCAGGCCCAGCAGGGCCGGCUCCUCAAUCUCCUCGGGGAGCCUUCGAAGCCAGCGGGCCAUGCUGUCAUUUCCAAGCAACAGAAUCUCAAUAGUUCAUUUCCUACUGAUCAGAGACCUCACAGUUCCCACUAUUCUCAGCCCAGCCCAGCAGAAGAAGCAAAGGGGCUAUGGAAGAACCAAGGAGAGAUGUCCACAGCCUGCCCGAAUCCUAACCCAAGUCCAGAAGUCUCUAAGCAACAGCGUUUGGGCUAUAAAUCCAGUGAGGGUCCUCCCCAGGCAGCCCAGGACACAGCAGCGUCCUCUUCCGGAGCAUUUCCCAGGGAUCCCGAGUUAGAGGCCAAGGCAGCGAGGCCUUCCACCUCUGGGCAGAGCUUUUCGGACACCUUUUAUGCCCUAGGGGGAAAAACACCUAGGACAGAAGAGAGACCCCCAAAGACACUGCAAACCUCACCCCAAAAAGGAAGCUGUCUCCGGGGAACGUGCAUAAGGACUGGGAAUCGCUUCCGGGUAAAUAUCGGCUACAACCCAGAGCUCAUCGCCGUGUUUAAGUCUCUGCCCAGCAGACGCUAUGAUGCUUUUACAAAGACAUGGGACUUCAGCAUGAGCGACUACAAAGCCUUGAUGAAGUCAGUCGAGCGACUCUCCACGGUCUCCCUGCAGCCAUUGGAAGAGGUUAAUGGCAGUGUCGGGGUGCACACCAGCCUUCCCUCAGCUCCGUCCCUUACCUUUGUGACAGGGAAGUGCAUGCUCAUCUCCAGAGCCCGCUUCGAGGUUGACAUCAGCUAUUCGGAGGUGGUGAUUGGCCUGUUUAAACAGAUGGAGUCCAAGAUUUACGAUGCCAGGACCAGGAGGUGGAACUUUCUCUUGGAAGAGCACAAUAAACUAAUUGCAAAGUCACGGGAACUCAAGCAGAUUCAGCUGGACCCUCUGCCCAAGACAGUGACCCUGGCAUUUGCAUCUCAGCUGGAGAAAACGUCUCUCAAACUGAAAGUAGACGUGCCAGAAGCUGACCUUUCUGGAGUGGAUGCCAAGCUCGUGUCUAACCUCAUGCCCUUUCAGAGAGAGGGAGUCAGCUUUGCCAUAUCAAAAAGAGGCCGCCUGCUACUUGCCGAUGACAUGGGCCUCGGGAAGACCAUCCAAGCCAUCUGCAUAGCAGCUUUUUACCGAAAGGAAUGGCCAGUGCUGGUGGUUGUGCCGUCCUCUGUGCGCUUCACCUGGGAGCAGGCCUUUCUUCGGUGGCUUCCCUCUCUUAGACCAGAGGACAUCAAUGUGGUGGUGACCGGGAAGGGCCGCCUAACAGCUGGCUUGGUCAACAUUGUCAGCUUCGACCUUCUUUGCAAGUUGGAGAGGCAGCUAAAAACCCCUUUCAAAGUCGUCAUUGUCGAUGAAUCGCACUUCCUCAAAAACAUUAAGACUGCCCGCUGCCGAGCUGCUGUGCCAAUCCUAAAGAUUGCCAAGAGGGUGAUCCUACUGUCGGGCACUCCAGCCAUGUCCCGGCCUUCAGAGCUCUACACACAGAUCAUUGCUGUCAAGCCAACCUUCUUCCCUCAGUUCCAUGCCUUUGGACUUCGCUACUGUGCCGCCAAGCGGCUCCCUUGGGGCUGGGACUACUCGGGCUCCUCCAACCUGGGCGAGCUGAAGCUGCUGCUGGAGGAGGCGAUCAUGCUGCGGCGGCUCAAAUCGGAAGUGCUUUCCCAGCUUCCGGCCAAGCAACGCAAGAUGGUGGUGGUCAACCCCGGUCGCAUCAGCAGCAGGACUAGGGCGGCCCUGGAUGCAGCAGCCAAAGAAAUGACCAAGGACAAAACUAAACAGCAGCAGAAAGAAGCUCUCCUUGUCUUCUUCAACAGAACGGCAGAAGCUAAGAUCCCGUGUGUCGUUGAAUAUGUCCUGGACCUUCUGGAGAGCGGACGAGAGAAGUUUCUAGUGUAUGCGCACCAUAAGGUGGUUCUGGACGCAGUUGCUAAGGAACUUGGCAGGAAGAAUGUUCUGUACAUCCGGAUUGAUGGCUCCACCCCCUCAGCAGACCGGGAGGCUCUGUGCCAGCAGUUCCAACUAGCCAAAGGGCAUACAGUGGCCCUGUUGUCCAUCACAGCCGCCAACAUGGGCCUCACCUUCUCCUCAGCUGACCUGGUGGUGUUUGCUGAGCUGUUUUGGAACCCAGGGGUGCUGAUCCAGGCCGAGGACCGUGUGCACCGCAUUGGACAGACACACUGUGUGGGCAUCCAUUAUCUGGUGGCAAAAGGCACAGCAGAUGACUACCUCUGGCCUCUGAUUCAAGAGAAGGUUAAAGUUCUGGGGGAAGCUGGGCUUUCUGAGACCAAAUUCUCGGAGAUGGUGGAAGCUACUGGCUGUGUCUACAAGGACCCAAAGCAGCAGACGAUCUAUGACCUGUUCCAGCAGUCUUUUGAAGACGAUGGAAAUGACAUGGAAUUCCUGGAAGCAGCAGAGUCCUUUGAACUAGGAAGUAUUGGACAUACUUUCCAGGAUCUAGGAGAUCUCUUAGAUGAAGACAUUGACAGUCCACCACAGAAAAGGAGAUUUGAAUUCUAUGAUAAUUGGGACAGCUUUACCUCUCCCUUUUGAAUGGGUCAAAGAAAGAAAAGAAGUGAAAGAAAGCAUUCAAAAAAUCAUGGGUCUCAUUAAAAUAAAGUAUUUUGUUUAAAAGCCUGUAUGCCUUUUGUCAUGCAGCAGAAGAGUCCAAGGCCAGUGGGGACCAACAUUUCCUUUCCUGUGUUCCUAAACAGGGGCUUGCUUGGAGGCUUAAUUAUUUUUAGCUUUUCUGGAUUAAAAGAUACUGUGGGGCUGGUGAGAUGGCUCAGUGGGUGAAUUCAAGCCCCAGCAACUAGUUGGUGGCUCACAACCAUCUGUACUAAGAUCUGACGCCCUCUUCUGGUGUGUCUAAAGACAGCUACAGUGUACUUACAUAUGAUAAUAAAAUAAAUCUUUGGGCUGGA